CGCCGGGGAGGGAGCGACUCAGAGGACGGCCGGGGGGCCACUUUGGUCGGGUGGGCUUUCAAGCUACGCGGAGCCCCGGCCUUGGCCGAGCUGGUGGGGGAUUAGGGGAACCCAAGUCCAGCUAAAUUCUGGAGGGCUCCGGGUCGGGGAAGGCGCUUGGCUUUUCUCAGGAGGGGCAAAAAAAAAAAAGGACGCCAGCAAUGGACGUUCGUUGUGUCUUUGUUGGAAAUUCAUUGCAGACGGCUUGCUCUGAAGCUUUUUCUCACAGCAAAUCCUUGGAAUUGCAGAAUUGGAUGAGGAUGCUUUGCUAAAGACCGUAAAAUCCACAGGAUAAUUGGGAGUCGGGAGGUGCAAGUUGGGCAGAAUUCCAGCCCCUCCCAUCAACCCCUUUCUGAAGCUGGAGGGAAGGCAACGGAAGAUCUCCUUCGGGAUGUGAGAGAGACACCCCACCCCCUUCUUCGAUUGCCCUGCAGGGUUGUGGCCAUGCCUCCUGGGAAGAUGGGGGAGAAAGAGACUUUGGUCCUGCAGUGUGAAUGGGAAAUCUGCAGCUUUGUGGCCUCCAAGAUGGAAGAGUUUUGCGAACACGUCUCGCAGCACCUGCAGCAGCAUCUCCAGAGCAAGGAGGAGGACAGUGAAAUGGAUUCUCUUGAAGAGUACACUUGCCUCUGGCAGGAAUGUGGCUUUUGUUCUCCCGAGAGUUCUGCAGAGCUCGUCCGCCAUGUUUACUUCCACUGUUACCACACCAAGCUGAAGCAGUGGGGGCUGCAUGUCUUACAGAGCCAGUCCGACUUGACUCCCUGCCAGCUGGACUUCCAGAGCCGGAACAUUAUCCCUGAGAUCCAAGAGAACUUCCUCUGUCUUUGGGAAUACUGUGAGCGAGCCUUUGAUAACCCUGAGUGGUUCUAUAGGCAUGUGGAAGACCAUAGUUUCUGCGCGGAGUACAAGGCAAUUGGAAAAGAAAUCCAAAUGGUCUUGUGCGGGUGGAAAGAGUGCGACUGCACCUUCAAAGGCCGAUGUAAGUUGCGGGAACAUCUGCGCAGCCACACCCAGGAGAAGGUGGUGGCGUGUCCCACUUGUGGUGGCAUGUUCUCCAACAACACCAAGUUCUUUGAUCACAUCCGCCGGCAGACGGCUUUAGAACAACAGCGAUUCCAAUGUUCUCACUGCUCCAAAAGGUUUGCCACGGAGAGGUUGUUGAGGGAUCAUAUGAGAAAUCACGUCAACCACUACAAGUGCCCCCUCUGUGACAUGACCUGUCCUCUUCCCUCCUCCCUACGCAACCACAUCCGUUUCAGGCACAGCGAGGAGCGGCCUUACAAGUGCAACUAUUGUGACCACAGCUGUAAGAAUCUGAUCGAUCUACGGAAGCACUUGGACACCCACAGCAAAGAGCCCGCCUACCGCUGUGAGUUUGAAGCCUGCGACUUCAGCGCCCGGUCCCUCUGCUCCAUCAAACUGCACUACAAAAAGGUUCAUGAGGGUGAUUCAGAGCCCAGGUAUAAGUGCCACGUCUGUGACAAAUGUUUCACGCGCGGGAAUAACCUGACGGUCCACCUCAGGAAGAAGCACCAGUUCAAGUGGCCAUCAGGUCAUCCUCGUUUCAGGUACAAAGAACACGAGGAUGGGUACAUGCGCCUUCAGCUGGUGCGCUAUGAAAGCGUGGAACUGACCGAGCAGCUGCUGAAGGACCGGGAGAAGCAGGGAGAGUCCCUGGAGGACGCAGCCCAGUGCGUGGUGCUGGCCGGGUCGGAAGGCGGCUUACAGGGCAUCAUCCUGGACUCGCCAACAGAGGAGCCGGCGGAGGCAGACUUUCCAGCUGCCCUGCCAACCGAGAGCUCUGCGCCACCGUGUGCCAGCGAGUCUCGGGACUGUGAUCCGAGUGCCCCUCCCAGCCCGAUCAUCCGGGUGGUGAACAGGACCAACGAGCACGGAGAGAAUGAGACGGUAUACUACGUAAUGGCUAACGCCCCCUCGGAGAACCGGGCAGUUGUGCCUAGCGGGCUUGUUCCAGAACCAGAGGAGAAUGUGAUGGACAGGCUGCAGAAGACCGCCGAGGAACUGGGCAUUCAGAUUCUCUGAGGCUCCUCCUCUUCCUCUUCCUCCUGCGUAGCACCCUGGGGUCUUUCCCCCCACCCACCCCCCAAUUGGACCUUCCGAAUUUGCCAGUGCAAAUUGGACUCCUUGCCAAAAUGGACUUUUAUCUUGAAUGGAGGCGAGAGCAAGACGAAAGGCUUCCCUCAAGAGAUAAAUACACCCACACACCCAUACCCACACCUCAAAAGCCCUUUGUUGGCUCCCUUCAACCUGGGAUCUGGUUCUAUACCUUUCAGAACGGGGGUAAUCUGGUAAGGGAAGCCAGCUUUAAGGCAGUUCCUCGGGAAAGGGACCGACUUGAGAUGGAGACGGUGGUUGGGUCAGAUCUAUGCUCCGGAGCCUCCUGACCACACGACAUCUACCUGACCGUAUUUGAAGAGCUGGCCAGUUUCCCAAGAAGCUAACUUCCCACCUUAGAAGUCUCAUUCUUUUGAUCUGGUCAGCCCGACUUGGUGCUGUGCAGACUCUUAAAAACAUCAAUCGCCAUCUCUUCGGUUAGUUUGCCCAUCACCCUGUUCUUCAUAGCCCCACAAAGCCCCACUAACAAGCCGUGGGCCAUCCCUCCUCAGUCAGGGGAUUCUGCCCCAGAGCACACACACACCCAGGGUGAUUCGGGGGGGGGGGGCUUCUCCAUCACCGACCCCUAAUCCCAGGGGGUGCUUAUGAGCCCAUUGUCCUCACUGUUGGUCCAUAAUCCACAGGCUGCUGUGCCUUCUUGGCAAAAAUCCUUUUGUUGCCUUCGAGGCAGGGAAGUUGUGAAGCACCGGUUUUGUUUUCUUCCCACAGUCGCAAUCCCUCUUGCGUCACAAAAGGAAGGAAAGAACAGAGAAGGGAGCUAAAUCCUUGCCAGGGGCCCUCUCCCAUAUUGGGGUUCCAGCUCCUGGCUCACAAGGUUUACAUUGUAUUGAGAUUCAGAAAUAAAGUCACACCAACAAAACCUAAGGUUUGUGUCGUACAAUCUUCCUUGUACGGGCAGUCCUCAACUAAAGUUCGUUUAGUGGCCGUUUGAAGUUGCAACAGCAUCCAGUAAAAGGGGACUUUAGGGCUGUUUUUUCACACGACCGUUGCUGCCUCCCAUUGGUCACGUGAGCAAAAUUCAGACGCUUGGCCCCUGACAUGUUUUUGACGGUUGUAGUGUCCCGUGGUCACGUGAUCCUCUUUUGUGACCUUCUGACAAAAGUCAAUGGGGGAGCCGAAUUCGCUUAAUGAGCUUGUUACUGACUUAACGGUUGCAGGGAUUCCUUGCUUAACAACCGUGGCAAGAAAAAUUGCAAAACUGGGGCAAAGCUCACUGCACAAAUUGUCUCGCUAAACCACGGAAACCUUGGGCCCAAUUGAGGCCAUAAGUCGAGGACUGCCUAUAAUCUUA